AUGGCGAUGGUUCUCAUGAGUGAUCAGAUGACUCACGAGGAGGUGCUCAUUGCGAUCAGAGACAUGGACAUCUCCCGUCGUGAGCAUCUCAAGGUGAGGAGGAGCUACGCGAUGAUGAGUUCAGGACAGGAGGAUGGACCUCCUGCAGCUCCAUCCUUUCAGGUCGACGGUGGGGAAAGCGCACUGGUAAACGACCCGGACGCAUUUUCCAUGAGCUCCGACGGCGAGGCAGAGGUCUGGGCGAUGCCGGAGUCCGCCGGCCCCGGCGAGGACGACGCGCCAGCCGCGCUCGCCGCCGUCAACCAGGACCGUCGGAAGACAUGGAAGCAGAACCGAGACAAGAGGAGGCAGCUCAGGACCGACAGGAAGUCCCACCACAAGCCUGGCGGAGCUUGCGCCUGCGUCGCCAGCAGGGGCGCCGGUCGGGCCAGGGUCGACGAGUUUUGUGUUCCAGCGAAGGACUUCGAGGUGCCCGUCUCGAUGUCCAGGGCCUAUCCGCAGCAGUCUCAGGGAGGCAGCCGGCAGGACUCCGAGGGGGAAGACGGCCGCGCGCAGCAUCUCGGGGCUUUCCACUGGGGCGACCCCGGGGCCGAGGCGUCAGAAGAUCAAAUCGGCGCUUCAGUUGUCUUCGAGAACGCACGCACAGGACUCCAGAUGUCCAGGGGCCGCGUCGGGGCCUUCGAGGAUCCAGAAGGCCGCCAGGAUUGUGAAAUCCAGGGCGGAACGUUUCGGGGCCAGCCAGUGCGCGGCAGCGCGGAGCUGGGGAUGGCCGACUCGGGCCAAGACGAGGACCAGAAGGACUCCGCGUGGGACUACGGGGCGAGAGGUACUUGCGCCCCGGGCAACCUCGCCAAGGCAGAUCACAGGGCAGCAGCGGCAGCGGAUCGGAUAGCCUCGCCGAUCAAGCGCCGCCAGGACAGCGAUGGCGAGGCCAUGGACGCAGCAGGUCUCCGCAUCAUGGGCGCCAAGUCGGCCGCAGCAGAAGCAGCCGGCGGCGUCGGCAAUGAAGGCGGGAUGUCUUUCGUCGCCGGUUCAGCGGCUGGCGGAGCCCCAGCCGCAGACGCGCGCCCUCCGGGCAGCGGGAGUUCCUCCCAGGGCGAAUCCGCCAACGCGGGCCUGCAUCGGGGCGGCGCCUCUCGCGGGCAGAAGCCCGGCGAUGGCGUCUCGGGCAAAGCUGCGCGAGCAGGCGGCGGCCAACGCAGGGGCGCCGCAGGCGACCGUGACUCCGGCCCUGGGGGCCCGCCCGACAUGCGGACCGCGGACAGCAGCGGCCUCGCCCGAGACUCCAAAGGCCGCACCCCCUCUGAAGGGGGCCCCUCGAGCCGCCUCUUCGCGUCCGGCCUGGUGGCGAUCGGUUCCGCGGGCUCGCUGGCGACGGGCGCCAGACGCUCGAUUCCUGGGGCCGCGGCGGCACAGCCGCAGGAGGCGAUGCCGUCCGAGAUGAGGCGCCAGGAGCAGCAGAAGGAGUGGAAGGAGGCCGGCUGGAAGACGCACCGCAACAGUGGCCAGGUUCAGAAGCAACGAAUGGAGGAAGCCCUCGGGCACCUCGGCUGCUGCAUGGAAGUCGCGCUGCCCCAGGUCCAGGAGAGGCAGGAGCUGUUCCGCUCUUCGAGCAAGCGGAAGUUGGCGGAAGCUGCUAAGGACAACGCCCAUAACAACUUCUGGGUUUACCUUGGCCAGUGGUUUUUCGCGCGGCGCCCAGCCCCCGCCAUGAACGAAACCUGCGUGCUGCAGCGCGACCGGCCAGUCGAGUGGGUCGGGGGGGGCGUUCAGAGACCGGGCCGCCAGGCGCUGCUCGAGGUUGAUGACCGGGCUAUCGCGUUCAUUCCAGUCGUAACUCCCAAGUUCGACCCAGCUCGCUGCAUCUUCGCCACGGCCAGCGACUGCGGCGGCGUGGGCUCGGACGACUGCCUUUUUUUCCGCAGCAGGCCUGCCAGCCGUGCCUCGCUAACAAUGCUCCAGCGCAUGGGCAGCGAACGAGGGUCAUUCCCCUUAGCCUGGCGAGCAUGUCGAGUCAAGCGUCAGGUGGCCAGCACCCUUGCCCGGGAAACCUUCGCUCUCCCUGGAGCCUUCGCCGAGACUCAGUGGCUCCACUCCGCGUUUGAGGACGUGGAAGAGAGUUGGGUUGGGCAGGCCAACGGUGCCAACGGCAAGAAGGCAGGCACACUGGUACAGGGGCAGGCGACGCCCUGGGUGCCAUCGAGCUUG